AUGUGGCUCAGGGUACUCACAGUUCUCUUUCUCUUUGUAGCAGGUGUUUGUUUGGGGCUGAAGGUGACCGUGCCUUCACACACUGUCCACGGCAUCAGGGGACAGGCCCUCUAUCUCCCUGUGCACUAUGGCUUCCGCACUCCAGCGUCUGGCAUCCAGAUCAUUUGGCUGUUUGAGCGACUACACACAAUGCCCAAAUACUUACUGGGCUCUGUGAACGAGUCUGUCGUUCCCGACUUGGAAUAUCAACACAAGUUCACCAUGAUGCCACCAAAUGCUUCUCUCCUCAUCAAUCCGCUGCAGUUCACUGAUGAGGGCAAUUACAUUGUGAAGGUCAACAUCCAGGGAAAUGGAACUCUCUCCUCAAGUCAGAAGAUACAAGUCACCGUUGAUGAUCCCGUCAUGAAGCCAGUGGUCCAGUCACAUCCUGAUUCUGGGGCUGUGGAGUAUGUGGGCAACAUUACCUUGACCUGCCAGGUGAAAGGGGGUACCAGGCUAGUUUACCAGUGGCGAAAAAAUGGGAAACCUGUUUGCAUCAACUCCAGCCACUCGUUUUCUCCCCAAAACAACACCCUUUGGAUUGUUCCAGUGACAAAGGAGGACAUUGGAAACUAUAGCUGCCUUGUGUCAAACCCUGUCAGUGAGGUGGAAAGUGACGUCAUUACGCCUACCAUAUAUUAUGGACCUUACGGACUUCAAGUUAAUUCUGAUAAAGGGCAAAAGUUGGGAGAAGUGUUCACUGUUGACCUAGGUGAAGCCAUCCUAUUUGACUGUUCUGCUGAUUCUUAUCCCCCCAACACCUACUCCUGGAUCCAAAGAUCUGACAAUACAACCUAUGUCAUUAAACAUGGGCCUCGUCUAGAAGUCACGUCUGAGAACGUGGCCCAGAAGACUGCUGACUACUUGUGCUGUGCUUACAACAACAUGACGGGAAGGCGAGAUGAAGCUCGCUUCACUGUCGUCAUCACUUCCGUAGGACUGGAGAAGCUUGCACAAAAAGGAAAAUCACUGUCCCCAUUAGCAAGCAUAACUGGAAUAUCACUGUUUUUGAUUAUAUCCAUGUGUCUUCUUUUUCUGUGGAAAAAAUACCAACCUUACAAAGCUAUAAGGCAGAAGCUAGAAGGCCGACCAGAGUCAGAAUACAGAAAAGCUCAAACCUUUUCAGGCCACGAAGAUGCUCUGGGUGACUUCGGAAUAUACGAAUUUGUGGCUUUUCCAGAUGCGUCUGGUAUUCCCAGGAUGCCGAAUAGGUCCGGCCCAGCCCCUGACGGUGUGACAGGGCAGGAUUUCCAUGGCACCGUUUAUGAGGUUAUCCAGCACAUCCCUGCUCAACAGCAAGACAACAACACUAUGGAAAGAAGAGAAAGCAGUUAAAUCUCAUUUACCCACAAACCUAGAAAUCUACAGAACACUCAGUAUAGCUGAUGUACCUCUUCACCAGGUGAGAUUCCACGGCAGAACAGUGCAUUGGAGAGAAAUAAUGAAGGGACAUUUUGAGAGAAAACAUCUGGAAUCUGUGAAGAAAUAAAACCCCAGCACCCCCCGGUCACACUUUCAAAUGCCGAGUGCCGACUAAAUGGCUGGUUUUUCUGACACACAAGCAAUGGGCUGUGUGACAGAGGAACGUGGACACUGCUUAUCAGCCCGACUGAGAGGAAGAAGACAAUGAAACGGUGCUCU